AUGAAUGCCACAAGUCCUAAGCUGUCGCUUUCAGACGUUGAAUAUCCUGCUUGGUGUCAGGAUGACGAAGUUCCAGUGACAAUGCAGAAAAUCAAGGAGAUUUUUACACAGCUUAUGGAGAAGUUCGGAUUUCAACAAUCGUCCAUGGAAAAUAUUUACCAGCAUUUGAUGGGGCAGCUGGACUCCAGAGCAAGCCGUACGGGCGCUCAAAAUGCAUUGGUGUCGCUACAUGUCUCGUAUAUUGGAGGCGAGCAUGCAAAUUAUAGAAAAUGGUAUUUUGCCGCCCAGCUUGACUUAGACGAAGAGAUUGGAUUUCAAAACAUGCAACUUCACGGAAAAGCACGUCAGAGAAACGUGAAAAUGGCAAAGAAAAGAGGCGUCUCCAUCAAGGAACAGAUCAAGCAAUGGAAUGAGAAUGAACAAGAGUUUAUCAAUAACCAUCCGAAAAUAACUCUGACUCAGGAGCAGCUGGAAGACCAGACAAAUUUGAAAAGUGCGGACUAUAAAUGGAAACUGAAGAUGAAGAACCUCUCACCAGAACAGAUGAUGAGACAGCUGGCCCUUUAUUUGCUUUGCUGGGGAGAGUCAAACCAAGUCAGAUUCGCUCCGGAAUGUCUUUGCUUUAUCUUUAAAUGCGCGCUUGAUUACGACAUCAGUACGUCAAGUGAGGAAAAACUAGUGAAAAUGCCUGAAUAUACAUACCUGAAUGAUGUUAUUACUCCCUUAUACGAAUUCCUGAGGGCCCAGGUAUACAAGAAAGAUGAUAAAGGAAACUGGAAAAGAAGAGAAAAGGAUCAUAAGAAUAUCAUCGGCUAUGAUGACAUCAACCAGCUGUUUUGGUAUCCGGAGGGCAUUGAACGUAUUAUCUUAAACAACGGAGAUCGGUUGGUAGAUAAAUCACUAGAGGAAAGGUAUCUUCAUUUCAAAGAUGUUGCAUGGUCUAAGGUUUUUUAUAAAACUUAUAGAGAAACCAGAAGUUGGAAGCACUGUUUUACAAAUUUCAAUAGAUUCUGGAUUAUUCAUUUUGCACCGUUUUGGUUUUUUACUACAUUCAACUCCCCCACUUUGUACACCAAGGAUUAUGUGCAGUUAUUAGAUAAUCAACCUACACCUCAAGUCAAACUCUCAGUGAUUUCCUUCGGGGGUACUAUAGCGUGCUUAGUUCAAAUUCUUGCCACCUUGUUCGAGUGGGGUUUUGUACCUCGAGAAUGGCCUGGCGCUCAACAUUUAUCACGAAGAAUGAUUGGCCUCCUUGUUUGUCUCGUAAUCAAUCUAGGACCAUCCAUUUAUGUUUUGGGGUUUUUCGAAUGGGAUGUCCAUUCGAAAUCAGCAUAUAUCGUGUCGAUCAUUCAAUUAAUAAUUGCACUUCUAACCACCCUUUUUUUUGCUAUCAGGCCCUUGGGCGGCCUAUUUCGUCCAUAUCUGAAUAAAGACAAAAGGCAUCGAAGAUACGUCUCAUCUCAGACUUUUACCGCUUCGUUUCCCAAGCUGGCGGGAAGAAGCAAAUGGUUCUCUUACGGGCUAUGGGUAUUCGUAUUUUUGGCAAAAUACAUUGAGUCUUACUUUUUUUUAACCUUAUCCCUAAGGGACCCCAUCCGGGUCCUGUCUAUAAUGGAUCUAUCUAGAUGUCAAGGUGAGUAUUUAUUGGGCCCUAUACUGUGCAAAUGGCAGGCCAAAAUUACGCUGGUGCUGAUGUUACUUUCCGAUUUGGGUUUAUUCUUUCUCGACACUUACCUUUGGUACAUUAUUUGUAAUUGUGUUUUUUCCAUCAUACUGUCAUUUUCUCUUGGUACUUCAAUUCUUACUCCCUGGAAGAACGUAUAUUCUCGAAUGCCCAAGAGAAUAUAUUCCAAAAUCCUGGCUACUUCAGAAAUGGAUGUGAAAUUUAAAGCAAAAAUAUUAAUAUCGCAAGUAUGGAAUGCCAUCGUUAUCUCUAUGUAUAGAGAACAUCUUCUUUCCAUUGAGCAUUUACAGCGGCUACUGUUCCAACAAGUGGAUUCCCUAAUGGGUGAUACAAGAACUUUAAAAUCCCCGACAUUUUUUGUCGCCCAAGAUGAUUCAACUUUCAAAUCAAUGGAAUUCUUUCCCACUAAAUCAGAAGCGAAAAGAAGGAUAUCUUUCUUUGCUCAAUCGUUGGCAACUCCUAUCUCAGAACCUGUUCCAGUGGACUGUAUGCCAACUUUUACAGUCCUGGUUCCACAUUAUUCAGAAAAAAUUCUCUUGGGCUUGAAAGAAAUUAUCAGAGAAGAAUCUCCCAAAAGUAAGAUUACGGUGCUCGAGUACUUAAAGCAUCUGCAUCCUACAGAGUGGGAAUGUUUUGUUAAAGAUACAAAACUCCUUAGCAUGGAAAAGAGUUUUCUGAAAGAGGCGGUUACAACUGGGGACGACGAUGAUCUGGAACUUCCAGAUGCUCUAUAUGAUUCGAGAUCUACUCCACUUUCAGACCCCAAUGACUCUCGAAAGUUGCCUACUGGAGAUGAUCUGAUCAAAGAAAAAAUCAACGAUUUGCCUUUUUCUUAUUUUGGCUUUAACUCCUCUGAACCAUCAUACACAUUGAGAACAAGAAUUUGGGCGUCAUUGCGGACGCAGACUUUAUACAGGACCCUCUCAGGUUUCAUGAAUUACUCCAAAGCUAUAAAAUUGCUGUAUCGAAUCGAAAACCCUUCGUUGGUUAGUAUAUACCGUGGCAAUCUUGAAGCUUUGGAAAAUGACUUGGAAAAUAUGGCUAAUAGAAAAUUCAGAAUGGUUGUUGCUAUGCAAAGAUAUGCUAAAUUCAACAAAGACGAAAUCGAGGCAACGGAGCUUCUCUUAAGAGCUUAUCCAAACAUGUUUAUAUCUUACCUUUGGGAAGAAUUAGACGAUAGCACAUCUACACGUACUUAUUAUUCAUGUCUUACGAAUGGUUAUGCACAGCUUAAUGAAGAAAGUGGAUUGAGGAUGCCAAUAUUUAAAAUUCGCCUGUCGGGCAAUCCGAUCCUUGGCGACGGUAAAUCGGACAAUCAAAAUCAUUCAAUAAUAUUCUAUCGCGGAGAGUAUAUACAGGUGAUUGAUGCAAAUCAAGAUAACUAUUUGGAGGAAUGUUUGAAGAUACGAUCUGUUUUGAGCGAGUUUGAAGAACUUGAAGUUAAUUCCACAAUUCCAUACAUUCCUGGUAUCGAAUAUGAAGAAGAACCGCCCCCUAUUGCUAUAGUCGGUUCAAGAGAGUAUAUUUUUUCAGAAAAUAUUGGAGUGCUAGGCGAUAUUGCUGCCGGUAAAGAACAGACUUUUGGAACCUUAUUUGCCAGGACACUCGCUGAAAUUGGUGGCAAACUGCACUAUGGGCAUCCUGAUUUUCUCAAUGGCAUUUUUAUGACCACUCGUGGUGGACUGUCGAAGGCACAAAGAGGACUGCAUUUAAAUGAGGACAUAUACGCUGGGAUGAACGCAAUAUGCCGCGGCGGAAGAAUAAAACAUAGUGAUUAUUAUCAAUGUGGUAAAGGCCGAGACUUGGGAUUUGGUUCCAUUUUAAACUUUACUACUAAAAUAGGCGCAGGUAUGGGUGAGCAAUUACUAUCGAGAGAAUACUAUUAUCUUGGAACGCAGCUUCCGAUGGAUAGAUUUUUAUCUUUCUUUUAUGCCCAUCCAGGAUUCCAUCUAAAUAAUCUCUUCAUUUCCUUUUCCGUUCAGUUGUUUUUUGUCUUGCUGUUAAACUUGGGUGCUUUAAACCAUGAAACAAUAGCCUGUUCUUACAACAAAAAUGCGCCCAUCACAAACCUCGAAACACCUGUGGGAUGCUAUAAUAUACAGCCGGCACUACAUUGGGUGUCGAUAUUUGUGUUAUCGAUUUUCAUCGUCUUUUUUAUUGCUUUUGCACCUUUGUUAAUUCAAGAAGUCUUGGAAAAGGGUAUUUGGAGGGCAGCUUCAAGAUUUUUACACCACCUUUUUUCGAUGGCACCGUUAUUUGAAGUAUUCGUUUGUCAAGUUUACUCAAAUUCCUUACUGAUGGAUUUAACAUUUGGUGGAGCAAAAUACAUAUCUACAGGCCGUGGGUUCGCAAUAACACGCAUUGAUUUUUCUGAGCUUUAUUCCAAGUUUGUCAGUAUAUCAAUCUACUCAGGGUUCCAGGUGUUCUUUAUGUUGUUAUUCGCAAUAAUAUCUAUGUGGCAGCCUGCGUUGUUAUGGUUUUGGAUAACUGUGGUUUCCAUGUGCUUUGCACCCUUUAUUUUUAAUCCGCAUCAAUUUUCAUUCAUGGACUUCUUUAUUGAUUACAAAAAUUUAAUCCACUGGUUAUUCUCAGGUAACACUAAAUAUCAAAAGGAAUCGUGGGCAAACCUUGUAAAGAGUUCGCGUUCAAGAUUCACCGGCUAUAAAAGCAAGACCAUUGACGAUGUAUCCGAAGAUUCAGGUCACGACUCAAAGAAAGCAAGAUUUUGGAACGUCUUUUUUGCAGAAUUAUUUUUGCCAUUUUGCGUAUUCCUCUUCAAUUUUACAGCAUAUUCUUACAUAAAUGCACAAACAGGGGUCCCUGAUUCAAAACCAACUAGUGCUGUAAUCCGGUUGUUGCUUGUAACUUUUUUGCCAAUUUUUAUCAACUCGAUAUUCCUUUUUCUUCUCUUUUGGGUUUCAUUUUUUGUGGUACCUGGGUUAUCAUAUUGUUGUAAAAAUUCUGGUGCCGUGAUUGCUUUUAUUGCACAUACGUUUUCAGUUUUCGUCUACCUUUUAGAUUUCGAAGUGAUGUGGUUUUUACAAGGAUGGAAUUUCACACGUACAUUGAUACUACUUAUUACAUGCAUCAACUUGCACCUGGUCCUUUUCAAAAUAUUUACGACAAUAUUCCUGACAAGAGAGUAUAAAAACAACAGAGCACAUUUGGCUUGGUGGAAUGGUAAGUGGUAUAACACAGGAAUGGGUUGGUCUGUUAUUUUACAGCCUAUAAGAGAAUAUUUUGUGAAAAUUAUGGAAUCCAGCUAUUUUGCUGCGGAUUUCUUUCUUAGCCAUUUCCUAUUGUACAUACAAACACCUAUCAUAUUGCUACCCUUUGUCGAUUAUUGGCACACAAUGGUAUUGUUUUGGAUGAAUCCAAGAGAUAUUAUUGCGCAUAGAAGAAUUUACACCAAAAAGCAAAGAACAAAAAGAAGCAGCACAGUCUCGAAAUAUUUCUCCCUAUAUUUCAUACUACUAAGUGUUUUUCUUUUUCUGUUAAUUGCGCCAUUCUUUGCUAGUGAAUUUGUACCCGAUCCGCAAGAAAUGCUAGAAGGCACGCUUUUUGAGGGGAUCUUUCAACCCAACGGUCAAAACAACAAUGAUACCGGUCCAAAUGCCCCAUCGACCAUCCUCACCACAACACCGCCUUUACCAACCUUUAAGACUGUUGCGUAG